UUGAACGAAUAACCAAACAAAAUAGAAAAACAUUCAAUAAUCAUGCAUGGAAAAUUGAUAUCGGUACAAUUAUGGAUCGUAUUUGGAUCGAUGAACAACCACAGCAGCAUCAGCAGCAGCAGGAGCAGCAGCAUAUGCAAAUUGAUGGCAAUGAUUAUGUUGCUCAUGAUAAAGGCAAUGAUAAUAAACUAGAUGAUGAUGAUGGCGAUGGCGAAACACCAUUGACAAUUGAUUCAUUUUUUAAAUUACGAUUAUUAAAUGAUAUGAUGAAUAAUAAUAAACAUUAUCAACAAAAAUCAUUAUCUGUUAGUGGUAAUCGUAAUCUAGCAUGUUGUUGUGAUUCAAGUCAUUGUCGUAUAACAACAUUUGAAAUGGACAUCUGUGAAGAUGAUGAUGAUGAUGAUAUAUUCAAGAUCAAGAUCAGCAACAACAACAACAACAACAACAACUUUCGGAUAUAAUUGAAGAUUGUAAUAUAGAAGUGGCACAAUUGAUUGAAAUUAAUCCAAAUGGCAACGAUGAUGAUGAUGAAUAAUUCAGUGUUUUUUUUUCAAUUUUUUAUUCGAAAAAUUUUUGUUUAAUCAAGAACCAAUACUAUGAAUCAUGUUAAUAUAUGUGGUAAUAAAUGAUUCAGUUGAUAAUUUUAA